AUGUCUUCCAAGGCUCCUGUCAAAGGCUAUCCCCAGUGCUCUUCUUCAACCCCUAUGCCAACCCCUGCUCCAGCACCUUCAUCUAGUGGCUGUUGCGGGUCCAACUCGGGAGGCUGUUGUGAAUCCAGCUCCGGAGGCUGCUGUGGGUCCAGCUCCAGAGGCUGCUGUGGGUCCAACUCCGGAGGAUGCUGUGGGUCUACAGGCUGCUGUGGGUCUAGUUCUACUGGAUGCUUUGGCGGCUGUUGUCUACCUUCCCGGCGCCGCAGGCGACGUGGGGGCUGUUGCUGCUGUGGGGAUAGCGGCAGCCAGAGAUCGCAGUCCCAGAGCCAGAGCCGGGUUGGCUCCGGCUGCUGCUCUGGAGGUUGCUGAGUUGGCCCCAGCAGCAGAAGUGAAGACCAGCCCUCAGGAUGAAUGGCACAAGAGGCUGGCCCUGAUUUCUACCUCCCCUUGGUCUUCUUCCUCUUGCUUUGGAGAUGUCUCUGGGUGGAGCUUAGAGUUUCCCUCAGAAGUUCAACUGAAUCUUCAUGCCCGGAAACCCAUGUCCUUCUCUAAUCCAUGUAACUGCACAUAGAGGUCUUUCUCCACAGAGACCAUUUCUCUGUGCAUUCUGCUAGAUUUGUCUUUUUUUUUUCCUAUCUGCAGAUACGAGGCCCUGCACUUAGUAGGCCCUGAAUCAGUAUUGGUUAAUUAAAUCUGAUUUU